AUGAAUGCUUCUGAUGUAAAGAAGACACUCUCUUCUCUUACAGCAGAACAGAUAGAAGCUUUAGGGAAAGUGAUUAUAGCGUCGGCUUCGUCGGUAAACAAAAAUGAGACUCCAAAAGUUACACUGGAUAAUGUUGAAAAUAAUAAUGGAAGUACAGGUGAUGACAAUACAAGUAACAUGAGCACAUGUGAUAGCAGCAGCACUCCAAAUGAGAGUACAUGUAAUGAAAAUGCACGCAGAAGUUUACCAAGCGAUAAUCCAGUUACUGGUUUAACUGAAGAUAAACUGCAUAAUAACGAUUGUGAUGAAUUAAAGAUACUAGAAAAUAUUACAGAGAAAUUAAACAAGGCAAAUAAAAUACGGAAGCAAUUAGGUGCAGACAGUGGUGGAAAUGUUUUACAGUGGUUGACAAAGAUGGAAGAUGAGUUGGGUAUUCAAUUGAAAGACCUCGAAAAGCAAAAGAAAGAAGCCAAAAAGUAUUUUAUGAACUGCAUGAAGACAUUGAACGAAAUGUUUCAAGUACUAUUGAACUGUAAAAAUAGCAAAAAAGGGACAUACGGAGAUUUUAUUCAUCUAAUCAGUCCGCCAAUACAACCCCUAAUGCGAAGCUUUAUAAGCAACAAAAUUCAGAACGAUGAUCAAUUUUAUAACGAAACGCAUCCAUUGAGUGAGUUUAAUCAGCUGAUAGAGACAGAUGUGAUGACGGUCCAAAAAUUGGUGAAAGACGCAAUAUCAGAAAUUUGCACGAAGAUACAAAAAUUCUACUUAGUUCUUGAAAGCGUAGAUGAGUAUCCAGAAAUUCCUUUUUUGAAUCUUCUUCCCACAAAGGAUGAGCUUGACAGGUUUCUCGGUGCAGAAAAGGCCUCUGAAAUAGGCGAUCAAAUGAGUAAGAAGUUAAGCAAGAUUGGUCCUGAAAUAUUGGAUAAGUUGGAUGCAGAAACGCAGAAGAUAGAAAUUGUGAAAAGCCAACGCUUAGAGCAAAUAAGACAACUGCAACGACAGUUGUGGGGAUUACAGAAUGAGCUUUCAAUAGAGGACGGGAAGAUAAAUUUAGAUGAGUACUCGGAGGAUGAGCAAAUAAUAUUGAAAGUAGGUUUGAAGAUGAAUACCAUCACCAAGUACAAGAGUGAAGUCGAGAAAUUGCAAAAAGUUAGAGAUGCAAGACAGAAAAUGCUUGAUGGUUAUAUGAACAAAUUGUCUAGUCUUUGGGAUAUUCUACGACCUGGAGACCAGAGCAUAGUAGCAUUUUUGAAGCAGAAUAAGAACAUUAAGGAAAGCUCCAUAUUGAAUUUGGAAUCGUUAAUUAAGAAGCUUGAGCAAGAGAAGAAGGACAACAUAGCUAAGUUUAUUAAAGGAUGCCGAGAUAGAAUUCGUGGAUACUGGGAAUUGUUAAUGUAUGAUGAUGAUGAAAAAAAGAAGUUCACCCAAUUCUUUGUCACGGACACAUCAAUGUUUACUGAAGAGCUUCUAGACAUGCAUACUAAAGAAGUUGAAAAGCUUCGAGUGGAGGCAGAAAGUAUAAAGCCGCUUCUCAAAAGUAUUGCUGAUUUAGACCAGCUUCUGGAAGAUAAAAAGGAACUAGAUGAAGCUUCGAGAGAUCCAAGCAGGUUACUAAGAAGAGAUUCAUUUCGCAUUCUUCGUCGUGAGGAGAAGAUGAGGAGCAAGCUUACGAAGCAGCUUCCGUCAAACAUUGAAAGAAUAAAACAGAAAUUACAUGAGUUUGAAACGAAAGGCCAUCGACAAUUCAAAAUUAACGGUGAACCUUAUAUCAAGAAGCUUGUAGAGAUCGAGAGGGCAACAUUCUACAGACACAGAAAAUUUAAUCGAUCACCUUUCAAGCAGAGAAGGCAACAAUCAUCUCGUUCAGGUGGUUCACGGAGAGAAAGCAUUCCUGGAACGAGGAGAAACAGACGUUUAACCUUGGACAGAACCGCAGUCAGAUCAUGUAAUGCGACACCAUCAACUUCAGUCUCCAGAUCAAGAUCGGCAAGCUCUAUGUCCAAUCCUUUUGUAUCAAGGGAAGCUUCACCUACAGUUGGAUCACGUGUAUUAUCCUCAUCAGGAGCUCGUUUGAAUAGAACCCGUUCCUUGGGUACAGUUGGAUCGGAACCUCUCAGAGCAUUACAUUUCAACUCUUUAAAUGAUGGAAGAUCAACAGUGUCCAAUACUCCGAUUGUAAUUAAGGGUGGGUCUCCGAUUCGACAGUUGGAUUACUCCACUGCAAGGACACUGUCAACCAAAAAAUCCAUCCUUAGCCAUGUUCCAAAGUUGCGUUCACUUUCACCCGGUAACAGCAACACUUUUAAUUCACAUUCUACUUCAAGCCCCAAGUUUAGAUAUCCGACUAGUGACCGCCAUCCCUUGAGAAAUUCAUCGUUUUUGAACACAAAUAAUAGUCCAGAUACAACUGGUAGAAAACGCAAAGCUUCGUAUCAAUUACAAAAAUCGGAGCUGAAUGAUGAUGAUGAUGAUUCAUUGGAGGAUCUCAGUGAUUCACUCAUAUAUAUGUCCGACUCGGAACGAUUUCCUGUAUGCAUCGAUAAGGAGAAUCAGCCGCCACUUGAUUGUACACAAAAGACUAAAGAUAGCAAAUCAAUGCAUCCAGCUGGUGAGAGUACCAGCCCAAGGAUGACAGUCAAUUGA